CGAAGUGCCCAUGGAUGAGGAAUUCCGAGAAUUCAAAACCGUUAAUGGCGCGGGGAGAAGUGGAGGGGCAUGUCACGUGACCUACGCAGAUUAAGCAUGCGCAGGUACUGAGGUUACUCAGGAACGUAUCAACAAAAUAAAGCACAAUAGAGCAUACUAAAAUGGCUUUUGAGGCUGAAUGUUUAACGACUGAAUUAAUAGAUUGGACAUUAUUAAAAGAAGAUUUGAAAUAUUUACCAACUGAAAUAGAAGUACAUCUAGCACCUAUAAUUGAUGAAUUACAAAAACUUAACAUGCAAAAAUUCGAGAGGACAACAAAAUGGAUAAAUAAUUCUUUAAUUAGAAUAGAAGCUUGUUUAGAUCGUAUAUGGCAAAUGCUGAAUUCAGGUCAUUGGAAAGAUGUUCCACUAUCGUACAGAUAUAGUUAUUCUUUUUGUAGUCUUUUAAAGGUAAUAUUGCUAGAAAUUGAACACGAACAUAACAAAGAAAAAUCUACAGAUACAGAAAUACAAGUUUUACAAGAAAUUAUUCAACAAAUUGAUAAAGGUAUUCUAUUAGGUGCUCCUUUACCGAGUAAGCCGUUAUUACUUACAUCGAUAGCUUCAAAAAUAAAUAAUUACUAUAAUAAAUUCGUCAGAACACUUACUGCAAAAAAAAUAGAAAUAGAUUACAGUAAAGUUUCUCAAUCAUUACUACCUGAAUUUUUACAAGUUAAUCGAUAUAGCAUACCUUCUAUGGAAUCAUUUUAUAAAGACAUUUUUAUACCAAAAAUUCCAGCCGUAAUAACAGAUUCUAUGAAACAUUGGAAUGCUUUACAUUUGUGGCAAGAUAUCGAUUAUCUAAAUAAGAUUGCUGGAAGUCGCACUGUGCCUAUUGAAAUAGGAUCUCGUUACACCGAGGAAGAUUGGAGCCAAGAUUUGAUUAUAUUUUCAGAAUUUUUACAAUCUCAUAUAAUUAAGAACACUCAAAAAGUUGGUUAUUUGGCUCAACAUCAACUUUUUGAUCAGAUACCAGAACUAAAAAAUGAUAUAGUUGUACCAGAUUACUGUUCUUUUUCUGAUAAAGAAAAUGUAGAAGUUGAACCACCAGAUAUAAAUGCUUGGUUUGGACCAGCUGGAACUGUAUCACCACUACAUUUUGAUAUCAAAAAUAACUUAUUGUGUCAGGUUUUUGGUUAUAAAAGAAUAUUUUUAUACGAUCCAACUGAUUCUAUAAAUUUAUAUCCCUAUGAUACCAAACUACUUUAUAAUACAGCACAAGUAGAUCCCCUUAAACCUGAUUAUAUAAAAUGGCCAGAUUUUAAAAAAGCCAAAGGUUUUAUGUGUUAUUUAGGACCAGGAGAGAUGUUGUAUAUUCCACCGAAAUGGUGGCAUCAUGUAACUGCACUUACACCAAGUUUUUCAGUUAGUUUUUGGUGGACUUAGGUAACUUAAAAUAAUAAGUCUUAAUCAUAAGCAUUGCACAAAUCGUAUAAAUCAAUUUUAACAAUAUUAUAUAAUAUAUCUUUAUAUAGGAACUAUAUUUUUAAAAAUUAAAUAAGUGUCAAUAUAAAAUAUAUUUACAUCUAUAGAAAAUAUAAGAUAACGCAUUUUUAUACAUUUCUUUACUAACAAUUUAUAAGGUUUACUUAUUUUAAUCUGAUAUUAUUAUUUUUUUAUCAUAAAAAUACAUUUAUAUAUAUUUACUUUGUCAAAUUACUACUAUAUAGUAGCAAUUCAUGUUUGUUUUCAAGGUAAAGGAGGAUACUCUUCAUCAAUUUUGCAAUGAAUAUGAUAUAUUGGAUAUGAUUGAUCUUGUUGAAACCAUUCUUUAAUACAUUGAAAUAUAUAUUAUUUAUGUUUAUAAUGUU